UUCAAAUCGAAUACUAAGCAGAAAACAAUUUUUCAAGCUCAAUUUUCUCUUGACAUUUUCGAUGGACGACAUGGAAAAUAGUAAUUGUCAUUUUUUAUGGAUAAACAGGUCCACAGUCAUGGAUUCAAAGUGUCGGUCUGUUGAGAAGAUAUACGAAUAUAAGAAUACGCUAUUUAUAGCAGUUGAUCAGGAGUAAAUGUACUAAUUGUAUAUGGUUGGGGGCACCAGUCCGUAAACCUACGCAUAUAUUGGGGAUCUACUCAUUACUGUUCGCUUAAUUAAAUUUUACCAAUUGCGUGUAAAGUAAAUGCAAAGAAAAAUCCCCGCUACACAAGGAAACGUAUGACGAAAGUCGUGCGUAUCUUUUGUUUGCUCAUUUGUACUUUUACACAUGAAUAUGUAUGAAGUGCAAGCGGUGACGUAAAAAAAAAUCGGAAUAUCUCAAUCCAAUGAGAUCGACGGUUUUAUAUAAAAAGAAUUGAUUCUUUUUUGUGGUCAUCAUACCAGUUUGAACUCUCCGUUCCUCUGCACAUAAGGUCAGUUCUAAUUUAAACUUACAAUCAAUUUCGUAUAAAUACGGAAAAUAAAACUAUCAAUAUGACAAGAACAUAUGUUUAAAUUUAAAAUAUUCUAAAAAUUUACAGAAAUAAAAAACUGAAAUUUAUUUUGAAGUUUUUUCUGUAUUUUAUAAUACCAUUUUAUAAAUAAUAAAUAUGUAAACCAAAGCUUCAUUAUAAUCAACAGAGAAAAAACAACCAUGAAAUUUGUGAUUGCUGUCCUUCUUUUGGUGGCCUUGGCCAUGGUAUCCGUCGAUGCUUAUGAGUCACCGGUACAAAAACCGAAUCCAAAAGGGCCAAAAUUCCCGACUUUCCCCGGUCAAGGUUCAUUCAAUCCUCGUCCAGGACGUUACCCAAGAUCACCAAAAGAAAAGAACGGCCAGAUAAAGGUGGACGCUAAGAAAGAAGGUGGUAAAACUUCAUGGAAUGUGGACGCUCAACAAAAAAUUUGGGGUAACAAACACGGUAGCAUUAACGUGAAUGCUGGUGCUAACAAGCAGCCCGGUGGCAAACCCCAAGGACAAGUUGGUAUUAGUGGCUCCUUCCAGUGGGGCUGAUUUGAUAGUAUUAUUAAGAAUUGGAACCAGCGUAUUUGUCUUAAAUACAUCAAAUUUAAUCAAACAUGUACAAUAUGUACAAGAUGUGCAGUA